UUUUAUAAACUGUAUGAAAGUAGAUAAUAAAUAAUAUGUAGUCGUUUAAAUUUAAACUCGGCGGGCGCAGUAUACCGCGAUUCGUCGACGCCGCGCACCGCUUGCCCACGCGCAUAGUGCUGAAUAUACAUAAAAAUGGCGGCGGGAGAUGUCACCCGGCGCGCCUCGAUCACAGCGCCAUCUAUGCAUCGGCGACCGUCAGCGCGUAGGGGCUCGCUUAUUAAGAACCCACAAUCACCAUCACAGGAAGUGCCUUGGGAUAUAAUAGAUAGAUGCGCUCUGCCGAUCGUUUUAUGCCACGCCCUGGCUGUGGUCCUCUCUGCGCUCCUAAACGCUUUACACAUCAGCCAAAUCUCCGUCUUCACACUUUUCCUCUGGUUUUCCAUAUCGGUGACUGGAUCUCUCUGGUUCUACCAUAACUUGAAGGUCACAGCAGCCGGAAAAGCAGUGCUGGUUACUGGAUGUGACAAUGUCCUAGGCAAUGCUCUAGCAAGAAGGUUGGAUGACUUGGGAUACCAUGUUUUCGCUGGUUUCCAGAAUAAGGCUGGAAACAUCGAUGCAGAUAUGCUGAAAGAAGACUGUUCAGGCAGAUUACAUACACUUCAGCUGGACGAAACCUCUGAAACACAAAUUCUGUCAGCCUCUUUAUACAUCGUGGACCAUUUACCAGAGGGCGCGCAAGGCUUAUGGGCUAUUGUGAAUUGUGAAUCUUGGUGCGCGUUGGGUGAACUAGAGUGGGUGCCAUUUUCAGUCAUCCGCCGCGCUAUGGAAGUCAACCUUUUAGGUCCAGCCCGCCUCGUGCAAGUAAUGCUACCGCUAGUACGCAGAGCUCGCGGAAGAGUGGUUCUAGCAUCCUCCAUUUUGACCCAUGUAGCUGCGCCCGUGAGAGGUGUGCACGCAGCCUCUAUGGCAGCUCUUGACGCACUCGCUGCCUGCUUGAGACGGGAAUUGAAACCACGCGGUGUUGAUGUCGUGGUGGUAGCAGCUGGUGAAUACACGACGGGCAGUGCUUGGCUCUCGGAAGAGAAGUUGCUGGAACAAGCUCGUGACAUGUGGAAACGUCUGAGUGACGAGCAAAAAGGAGCAUAUGGGGAAGAUUACUUUGAACAAGCUCUUAGGAGUCUUGAGAAAUACACAAAGAAUGCAGAUGUGGAUCUGACAGCUGUCACUCGAGCGCUAAGUGAUGGCGUUACACGCACUUUCCCGCUUGCCCGCUACACUCCAGUAUCACCCAGGGAGAAACUCAAGUCCAUUCUAGCUGAACAUAUGCCUCGAUGCCUUUACGAAGGAUUAUACACCGACUAAUUAUUGAAUCGAACUCUGGAAUCAUUAAUGGCUACCUGAAUAGCAAAUAAUUCUGUCCGAAAACAUGAAUAGGCCUACAUUUUCGUUAUUGAAUAGCGGCCAAAUUGAAUCAAAAUAAAACCUAUAUAAUUUAUUGUAAAUUUUCGAUUAAUUUUAGUUAGAACGACGAAGAAUAAAUUUGUAUUUUUAAAUUAUAAUAUUCUAAGCGAACGCCAUGUCAUACUAAAAUUAUUUGUAAUUAUUUUCUCGUAACUAUAAAAGGUGUUUAAGGCAUCCCAAAAAGUAAUAAAAUGUCGAAUAAAUCAAGAUCUUACUUUGAAAAUUUCAAAUUCUAUACAACGUUACUUUAAUUAGUAAAAUGGUUUUCAAGGGGCGCUAAAACCCUGCAAUUGCAAUAACUGCAUUGCGCGUUGCCCUCAAAAGCUCGUUCUCAAUACUUCGCUACAUGAAUAAAUAUAAAGCAUCCUCAUAGUAUAAACUAUUGCAUUUUCCUUUGCACUUUAAUAGAUAUCGAACAUUCUGUA